UACUCGCAUCAAAGCUGGAUACGCAUACACAGUUAACUGGAAUGCCACCAAUCAAGUAUGGAAUCAGGACGGAGGGGCCAACAGCUCCAUCACUUCCACACAUCAUUCCAAUCUCAGAACCUUCUACAUUAAAGCAAUGCUCUCUUCCCUCCCAACUCUAUCUCACAUGAUUACAAGAAACCCUAAUGUAUACAAAUCUUCAGUUUGCCCUAGAUGCAAAAUAACCACAGAAACUAAUGAACAUAUCUGGACUUGUAACCAAUCUAUACAAAUCCGCAACAACAUAUUUGACAAAUUCCCCAACAAACUCGCAAACGCAAUUUUAAAACACAUCACACUAGACCCCAACGAUAUAACUCAACAAUGCAAUAACUUUUGCUAUAAUGCCAAAUUCCUCAACCAGCCCCAUUAUAAUUCAGUAGCUAUCGGUCGCAAACCGGGUUAUAUUGACGCAUUCAAUGGCUUUGUACCAGAAGAAUUAGUAACAUUCAUCCGUCAACACAUACUCUCAUAUCAAACAGCUGCUAACACAGCAGCUCAACUUAUUCACUGGAUAUCGCUAAAAGGAUACAAGAAAAUCUGGAUAACAC